AUGGCUGCUCGGCUCGCUGCGCUCCUGCCCCUGCUGCCGCUGCUGCUCCUGCUGCUGCCGCUGGGCCGGGGGCCGCCGGGGGCCCUGGGCAACCGGCACGCCGUGCACUGGAACAGCUCCAACCUGCACCUGCGGCGGGAGGGCUACACCGUGCAGGUCAACGUCAACGACUACCUGGACAUCUACUGCCCGCACUACAACGCCUCGGUGCCUGAGCACAGGAUGGAGCAGUACGUGCUCUACAUGGUGAACCUGGAGGGCUACCGCACCUGCAACACCAGCCAGGGCUUCAAGCGCUGGGAGUGCAACCGUCCCCAUGCGCCCCACAGCCCUAUCAAGUUCUCGGAGAAGUUCCAGCGCUACAGCGCCUUCUCUCUGGGCUAUGAGUUCCACGCCGGGCAGGAGUACUACUACAUCUCCACGCCGACGCACAACCACCGCCAAGCCUGCCUGAAGAUGAAGGUGUUCGUGUGCUGCGCCUCCACGUCACACGCGGGGGAGAAGCUGGCGCCCACCCUGCCGCAGCUCACCCUGCGGCCCGCGGUGAAGAUCGAGGACUUAGAAAACUUUAACCCGGAGAUCCCCAAGCUGGAGAAGAGCAUCAGCGGCACCAGCCCCAAGCGAGAACACUUGCCGCUGGCCGUGGCCGCCGCGCUUUUCCUCAUGAUGCUGCUGGCCUCCUAG